CUCUGACACAUUUAAGUGCAACCGACGGGUUCGAUGGCCUCAGAUGUUGAAGAAGAAUCCCUUUGAUGCGCGUAAAAGUGAAAAGUGCUAGGCUGCAAAAAUAUCUGAAGGUCCUUUUUGAGAGAUCUUUUUGAGGCCAGCAAAAAGGGCGUGGAGAAAAGCGCACAUGGCUGUCAGAGCCAAUCGCUUUUCAAGAGGGUAGGUAUCUACUUUGAAGAGAAGAUGAGGACGCACUGCAGGACUCCAGUGAAGUCUCCGUAAGUCCCACGGUCGUUUGCUGGUUCGUGUAGCGCAGCCCUAAGUCGGACCGGUCCACUGGCACAAGAGGGGCGUGUGCAACCUUGCUGAAGCAAGCGAGCAGGUUCAUGUUGCAUCUUACGUAGACGGCGUGAGUCAACUAGUUCUGAAGAUUAAAAGAAUACCUGUAUGACUUCUCCGACAAAAGAUCUGAUGCAGGGUUGAAUCACAGCUGGCGGCGUAAUAUUGUCCAUCUUGUACUGGCCAAGGUUGCAAAUGGAAGUACGAAAUUGAUUGGAACUAGUGCAGCAUCCACCGAGCACUCAGUGGUUUUUGCAAUGGCAAGUCUUAUGCCGUGCCAGGACCUGCCCUGGCAGAAAGGUUACUCAGAAAAUGAGCCAAGCACAGCACCAGAGGCCCUAGGCAUCUCUAAGGAGUGGCCGGGCGCUGCAAACUUUGACAAAGUGCAAAUGAUCCUGGACCAGAACAGGCUGCUCAUCAAGGAGAUCAACCAGAACCACUGUGCAAGGAGGACCGAAGGGCUUUCUAGAAACGUGCUUCUCAUUAGAGAGCUGCACAGCAAUGUUGCUAAGGUGGUGGAGCUGUACCGAGAGAUUUCAGAAUCAUUUGUCGUGGUCUUUGGAAAUCACCAGGUGCAGCGUUAGCCGCUAGCUUGUUUCUCUACGAAAGAUCAGGACAACACCUGGAGAUGCAUAAGGUGGUCCAGGGGGCCAUCUGCGUCAUGACUCAUCUUUCUUUCAAGUCUGAAUCACUAGUAGGUUCGUGUCCUUGGUGCACGUCCCUGAGUGCGUGCCUUGUACAGAAAUGAGUCGAGGUUAUCAGAGAGCUUAGAAGUGCUACUAAAUCUGCACUUCAACCGAUUGUUUGGUGAUUUAUACAAGGGUCCUUUUCUCGAAGAACAAGAGUGUCCUUGUGAGCAGAGCAUUGCUUCAGAGCCCAUUGCUAUAUAUGUCAAGUUGCAUAAGCAGCUAAACUGCUUCAUGUCACCAGAUCCAAAAGAGGUCGUGAGGCUUAGGUAUUGCUCAGCUUGAGUUCGAUUGGACAGCUUUAAUACUAUUCAAUAUUAGUCAAACCUGACGAACAUUGAAACCUUGUAAGUAUUUCGAAUGUCUGAUUGUGGAUACCAACAGCUAUACACCAUGCACUCAACUUGAGGGCGCACACAACAUCCAGCCG